AUGCUUGCGUCUAUCGACCUGCAAAUGAUUCCCUUGACCUUGUUUCUGCUCCUCUCUCACAAGCACAAAAUGAAGAAACUAGCGAAAAUCGAUGCCAGAACGAAGAAAGCGUCAAGUGAACCGAUUCCUCUCACGGCAGCUUUCGACGUCUCCCUCUUCAAAAAUCCUAUUUACGUUACUUACCUAUGUGCUGUUGCAUUCACAUUGACUGGAUGCAAUGCGAUGUAUAGCUUUUUACCCACUUUUUUUCACAAGAAAGGUUUGUCUUUGAAGGAUGCCGCCAUGCUGUACAGUCUUUUUUGCAUUAUUUCUUUCGUUCCAAGGGCUUCGAUCGGAUUUCUUCAGCGAUGGAUCAAAAUCCCUUUCAUUUAUAUUUUCAUCGCAUUAUCUUUACUUUCUGCUUCGCUGUGUAUUCUCAUCAUUCAAGCUGAAUCCUACUUUGCUCUUUUAAGUUUCACUAUCGUCUUGUCCCUUUGCAUGGGAGGUCCAUCAGGACUUUAUUCCAUUGGUACCCUGGAAAUUGUGGGAAUUGAGAAAUACAGUUUUGCUACGUCCGUUAUUGAGACUUCAUACGGAGUAGGAACGGCAGUUUUUGGUUAUUUGGCUGGUGAGUAG